AUGUCCGAGAACGAACCCAACACACCUCGGGAUGAUGCGCAACGAAAAUGUUCGACCUGCCAUAUCGUCUUUCAAAGAACGACACAUCUGCGCCGCCAUAUGUUGACGCAUACUCAAGAUAAGCGAUUUGUGUGCUCGCAGUGCGGCAAAAGUUUUGUUAGAAGAGACACACUUCAUCGCCAUCAGAUAACACAUCGCACUAAUUCUAUCGGAACUCGAUCAGGAUCGGCUGAUGCUCUCUCCUCUCGAGCAUGUAGGACCUGUGCCAAUGCCCGUGUGAGAUGCACAAGACAGAUCCCGUGCGAGAGGUGCCAUUCGAGACGAAUUCAAUGUGUGUACGAGGAGUCGGACCAGAGACCUGAACUAGCGCCAGAAAGACCGACAAGCAUGGCGUCUGUCACUACCAUUGAAGAUGCACCUGGCAAUCAUCAGGAUGUCACCACCAUGGAUCAUGGCACAGUGAACAGUAAUCCGCAAGCUUCUGCGCCUGCAGCCGGCACAACUGACCCGUCGUUUUUAUUGCCUCAACACUCACAAGCGGUCGGCGAGCAGACCAGCUCUCUACUGGGUCCUGGCUGGGCACCGCAGAACCAGACGCCAAAUCCAGCUUACAACUUCCAGGAUCAGGGAAUGGGCGCGCCUUUUACCGAGCGGGACACGGUCACAGUACCGGCGACAAAUUGGCUACCUUAUACCAAUAGCAUGGACUGGGACUUCGAUUUCUACAUGACGCAGGCUUUGAACAACUUCUCUCCGGCUGUUGGAAUGGAUCAAUCUAGUAUCUGGUCUCCCAGCGCAGGUCCCCUAGAAAGAAUUACCACCAAUCUUGGGACAAGCCCUGGAAACAUAAGUAAGUCUUCUAUGACCGGAGAGUCCCCAGCGUCUAUGUCUGUUACUGCAUCAGUGGCUCAUGGGACAUUCUACGCGGAUGGGGAAGUGUCCAGACUGUCAAGACGCCGCAACAUAGCCGAGAGUCUGUCAAACCAAGAGCAUGUUGGUAGUGUAGGAAGUGGGUAUGACUAUGAUACUACCGAAGCAGCAGUAACUUCCAGAGACGCUCACUCCUCAUUCCUAAUCCCGACACAUACAUAUGGUCGAAUGGUUGAAAAGUUCGGAGAAUUGUGUGUCGCUGAGAACCCACUCUUUCCAUUCGAGAGGCUUCAGUCAGACCGACUUCCGUCUCACCAAGCGAUGGAGAUGUGUAUUAACUCCUACUUCGAGAACUCAAGUUCGAGUUUCCCAGUGGUCCAUAGGUCAACAACGAAGCUGGAAGGCGACAAUGACUGGAUACUUUGCUUGGCUAUGGCAGCUAUGGGUGCCGUCGCGUCUUCAUCAACUUCGCUGAUCUCCAAUGCCGAAGCCCUGAGGACCUUUCUGCAACGGACCGUCACUAUACAGACCGUAUUUUCAAGACGCGGUAAAAACUCACCAGAACUAUCUCUUAUGCAGGCCUGCAUCAUCUACGAUAUUCUGGAGCUCCAUCUACAAGAUAACGACAACAACGAAGAGGCCUUGGCAGGGACCGAAUCGUUCUCAAAUAUUUGUGCGGACAUUAAGAGACAUCGCUGGUUGAGCAUAGAUGAGCCAAAUUGGGACGGUACAUGGACGGAAGACAGCUGGAGAGCAUGGAUCCAUCGCGAGAGCCAGCGGAGAGUGGCGUACUGUGCUUGGCUGCUCGACACUUGGAACCUUCUGACUUCCGGCAAAAUCCUGUCGGCAAACUUCUCUCUGGCGGAUGUGCAAACAAAUCUGCCUGUUCACGAAGCCUUGUGGGCUGCGGGAUCUCUGGGAGCAUGGCUAAACCUCAAGGCUGUACACAAAGAGCCGGCAGGGUUGAUACCGUUGCUCCGAACACUCUAUCAGCAACAGCCGCUCAACCAUGAUCUUGGAGAGUUCUCACAGACGAUUGCCGUCCACGCAGUCUGCCGAAGAACGCGCGAAGUCGGCUUGCGCAUCCUAGACCCAUUGCGCGGUAUCGAUGCGGGGCAGCAUCCGUCUGGUGAGUCGGUCAGAGACAUCUAUUGGCUCCCUUCGGAUCCCGAAUACCAAAAAUGGCGCAACAAAACCCUGGACUGCCUGGACUCUCUACACUGGGCAACCCAUGCCGUCAUCGCUCGUCUGCAAGGCCUUGAACCACCAGUGGUUCUCCAUCUGCACAUAUCACGAUUAGUUCUACUGGUUCCAUAUCAGGAUAUCUACGAUCUCAUCUGUGAAGUCGUGUCAUCUCACGGCAACGAUCCAUCUUUUGCCCACGUUGGGAGUUCCCGCAUCCGCCGAGAAGACCUCGUGGCCAAGAUCUGGUUAUGGAUAUCUAAAGAUCACUACAAAUCCAGACUAGCUAUUGUGCAUGCUGGUGCAAUGUUCUGGUUCAUUCGGCACCACGGAACAGGUAACAUAUAUGAGCCGAGAUCUCUCUUUAUGUCCAGCAUCAUAUUGUGGGCUUAUGGUUCGUUUGUUCCCCUUCUGCAGGCCACGAAUGAUGAGGAUCAUCCUGUAGUCCCCCGCACGGAGGCCGAUGAGGAAUACGAUCCUACCAUGAUACAGAUUGAUCGACCGUGCGACGACGAACUUAUCCAGAUAUUCAUCCGCCGAGGCAAUGCUAUGCAACCGCAUAUGCUGGGUGUAGGCAAUAUCUGUCAGCCCGGUGGAGCACUUGGCGUACUGAAGAUUGGUGCGAAGCUAAUCAAGAAUCGAUGCUCAGCAUGGCCAAUAUCAAAGACCUAUGAGAAUCUUUUGCUCCACUGCGCUCAGGUAUCGGCAAGAGGUUCAUGA